AUGUCCUGGACAAGCCUUCAACCUGCCCUCAGCCGUGCCCUGCUCAAUGUGGAGCUUGCCAGACCUCUGCCUUCUCAGAGCCUUCUCUCGGUGGCUGCCAGUUUCCCGGAACUGGGGUCAGUGGUCAGCUUUCAAAAACUUGGGAGAAACAGAAGGGCAGCGAAGUGGGUCAGUGAAGCCCGAUCAUGGAUUGCUUUUUUCCUUCGUCUUUUCCUUCGUUUCUUCAAAGACGAUCCAAGCUUUGCGGAGCCCGCGGGAAUCGUCCGCGGGCGGACAGCUCUCAGGUGUGCGGCGGCACGCGCAGGUGGCACAGCCGGGCCGCCCUCUUCCCCAGCCCAGGGCAGCGCGGGCGGCUACCGGGGCUGGCGGCUACAGCUGAGGGCGCUUCUGACGCCCUGGGGGCAGCUUGAGGUCCCCUCGGCCCGAGGCGCUGACCUGGGGCGGUUCAUCUUCCUCUCGGGCUGCGUGGUUUCCAGCUCCGCUCUUGCCGGUCCAGCCUCUGUACAAACUUUUCUGCAGCUUCAAGUUUCCCUGGCGGGGGCGGGGCCACACAGCGCGCGGCCUGGGCGCCCAUUGGCCAGAUGUGAAGUGGGCGGGGCGCCCGCUCUCUCCCGUGCGCGGCGAGGAAGCGCUGCGGGCCGGAGGGCGGGGCCCCGGGCGGCGCGGAUCCCACCGCGCCUCCGCCGGCUGCUUGCCUGCGGCUUUCCAGCUCGCCGUGGGGCUGGGAUGGUGGAGGCUUGGCCACCCCGCUCCAGGCAGUGGCAGAGACCUGCGGCUGCGGAGAGCCUGCGCGCGGCCCUCCAGGGGACGGACGGUGACUGCGGAGCUGCCUGUGGCACCGCGGGGACCUUUGUCCUCCUCCAGGGAACUUCUGCGGCUCGUGAGAACGGUUAG